AUGGCUCGGCUGAGUCUUUUGGUGCUCGCGGUGGUGGUGUGCGUGGCUCAGCUUGGCUCGGCAGCCAUGGUGACCAAAGUGCUCCCGAGGGCGGUGGCCCAUCGCGGCUACUCCUCGGCGGCGCCAGAGAACACGCUGGCUGCACUGAAGAUGUCCAUUGAGGCAGGCGUGGACGGGGUGGAGAUUGAUUUGCAAGUGACCAAGGACGGGGUCAUUGUUCUACUCCAUGACGAGGAUCUCGACCGGACAACCAACUGCACCGGCUCCAUCUCGACGUACAACUUCCUCCCGGCAUCAGGCCCGCCGCAGCUCUCCGAGUGCGACGCAGGCUCGUGGUUUGGACCGCAGUUUGCCGGCGCCAAGAUUCCAUCGCUGGCCGAGGGUCUGGCGGUGACGGUUCCAGCUGGUGUGUUCAUGGUCCUCGACAUGAAGCAGACCGGACCAGGCAUCGGUGCUCUCCUCGCCGACGUCAUUCCGGAUCCCGAGGUCCAGGGCCUCACGGUGGCCUCGUGCUGGACGUUUGACCAGAUGGCCGAGGUCCGCAACGCACUCAACGCGACCCGGAUCCAGUAUCUCACCGGCUCGCUUGAGGCGUUUGAGGCUGAUCCGGACGCAUUCUUUGCGGACAUGGCGCUUCGCGGCGUCGACGGCUUCUCGGUCUCGCGCAAGGUGAUUACGCCCGAGUUUGUGGCUGCUGCUAAGAGUCACUUUAUGGCUGUUGCUGUGUGGACCGUCAACGCGGCUGCCGACAUGCGGAUCAUGUUCAGCUACUCGGUUGAUGCCAUCCUCACAGACUAUGUCACCCGGCUCACGACGACGCUGGCCGAGGCCAAUGCCGCUGAGGAGCGUGCCUCGCGUUCGGGCUACACCAAGAACUCAACAGUGGCACUGGCAUCCAUAUUUUCGUUUGCCGCGGGAGCACUGGUCUGUAUCCUUGUCUUUAUCGCCAUCCGCUUGAUGCGGCGGCGGCAGCGGCGCGCCGCGCGCUCGCCGCGCGGGGUUACCUCGCCGACCGGCGGCUCAUACGGCAUGAUCCCAUGA